AGCUAUUUAACACAUUUUUAUUGGGUAGAUGAGGGGGCGUGUUGGGGAAUUCCCGGCAGGGCGGAAGCACUGGAGCUCACGGCGGAGCCUAGCGUCUGGCGGGCGACCACAGGGGGCCACCCGAGGUGGCGGGGCCAUGGCCGGGGUCGCGUGUUUGGGGAAAACUGCGGAAGCCGAUGAAUGGUGUGACAGCGGCCUUGGCUCUCUGGGUCCCGACGCGGCGGCUCCCGGAGGACCCGGGCUGGGCGCAGAGCUGGGCCCGGAGUUGUCGUGGGCGCCCCUGGUCUUUGGCUACGUCACUGAGGAUGGGGACACGGCCCUGCACUUGGCCGUGAUACAUCAGCAUGAGCCCUUCCUGGAUUUCCUCUUGGGCUUCUCUGCCGGCACUGAGUACCUGGACCUGCAGAACGACCUAGGCCAAACAGCCCUGCACCUAGCAGCCAUCCUGGGGGAGGCAUCCACGCUAGAGAAGUUGUAUGCAGCUGGCGCCGGAGUGUUGGUGGCUGAGAGAGGGGGCCACACCGCACUGCACUUGGCUUGUCGGGUGAGGGCACACACGUGCGCAUGCGUGCUGCUCCAGCCCCGCCCCAGACGCCCAAGAGAUGCCUCAGAUACCUACCUCACUCAGAACCGGGACAAUACUCCAGACACCAGUCACACCCCUGUUGCUGUGAACCCCCAAUCCAACCCAGAGAGCGGAGAGGAGCCAAGUGACGACGACUGGAAGCUGCAGCUAGAAGCUGAAAACUAUGAGGGUCACACCCCACUCCAUGUAGCUGUCAUCCACAAAGAUGCAGAGAUGGUGCGGCUGCUCAGGGAUGCUGGAGCUGACCUCAAUAAACCGGAGCCCACAUGUGGCCGGACCCCUCUGCACCUGGCAGUAGAAGCCCAGGCAGCCAACGUACUGGAGCUUCUUCUGAAGGCUGGUGCUGACCCCACUGCCCGCAUGUAUGGGGGCCGCACCCCACUCGGCAGUGCCCUGCUCCGGCCCAACCCUGCCCUUGCCCGCCUCCUCCGUGCACAUGGAGCCCCUGAACCUGAGGAUGAGGAUGAUAAGCUUGGCCCUUGCAGCAGCAGCAGUGACAGUGACGACAGCAGAGAUGAGGGCGAUGAGUAUGACGACAUUGUGGUCCACAGUGGCAGGAGCCAAAACCGGCUACCUCCCUCCCCCGCACCCAGACCUCUUCCUGAUGACUCCAACCCUGCCUGACUUAAGUUCUAAUAUUAAUAUAAUUUCCAAUUUAAUAAAAUUUCAGACCUGGAGCCAGA